AUGUCACUGUUUGACUCCAAACAGAGCUCCAAAAAAUUAUUCUACACUUCGGCUAUCAAGACAAGCGGAAGCAAAGAUGUUUUGUCAUACGCCGGAAAACUGAAGGAUGUCAUGCCCAAGCUGCCAUUACCUCAGAAAUCCAAAUCAUCAUCAUCCAGAUCCAAAAUUCUACCUGAGCUCCAGAGCAACCUUGAGUCUGAGAAAGAGCUGACCACUAAGAGCGAGCCGAGGAGGGUCAAGAUCUUCGACGGAGGGUACAAAUCUAAUGAGGAGUAUGUGUACGUGCGCGGCCGCGGCAGAGGGAAGUAUAUCUGUGAGGAGUGUGGUAUCCGCUGUAAGAAGCCCAGUAUGCUGCGCAAACACAUCCGUACGCACUCUGACGUGCGGCCCUACCACUGCAACCAUUGCAACUUCUCCUUCAAGACCAAAGGGAACUUGACAAAGCACAUGAAGUCGAAGGCUCACAGUAAGAAGUGUCUGGAGAUGGGGGUCAGUGUGGGACCAAUAGACGACCAGGACGCAGAAGAUUCUGGCGACCGCAGCCACGUGAGCAGUGCAGACCGCCAAGACUCUGACGACUCUGACGAAGACGACGAUAAUGAGGAAGAAGAGGAAGACUCCCAGGCCGAGUCGGGACUGUCCACCAACCCCUCCGUGUCCGCCAGCCCCCAGCACUUUCCCGGCCGCGACAUGGACGCUCCCCCCAGUGCCUUGCUUGCACAAAUGUCCAUCAGCUCGGCGCUCAUGCAACAACACGCCGAGAACAGCGUGUCCGACAGCGAGUCUGUGCCCAUGCUGAGCCCCAAGCAGCUCAACCACAAAGGCGCUUUGGGGGAGCUGUCCAAGAUGCCCUCUGCUGGAGUAGUGGUGGAAGUGUCCGACACAGAGUCCGUCCACAUGAUGAGCCCUGUGUCGCCCUGUCGGCAGAUGUCCAUAGACUUCCCCGACUUUGAAGCUCCGCCCACUUCUCCCCCGGCGCCUUGCAACAACGCUAAAGCUGCACGGGUCUCCUUGCCCCCUACAACCCCCGCCUCAGACCUGCCUCAGCCAGUGGAUCGUGGCACGCAGACCUCCACUUUUCCGGUGCACACGCCUCUCCUUUUCCCCCAGAACACCCCAUCCGUCCACGGCGCGGCCCUCCCACACACGCACCUCUUCAGCCACCUGCCGCUGCAUUCCCAGCAACCCCCGCGCUCCUCCUACAGCUCCCUGCCACUAGGAGGCAUCCAGCUGCUGCCUACGUACUCUGCCUACUCAACCUUCGUGCCCAUCCAAGGCGCGCAAGUCCAGCUCACCAUUCCUGCAGUCCUCCACCGAAACACCAGCCCACUGUCUCCACAAAACACUAACCCGAGCGGUGAAAAUCAGCCAUUUUUGUUGCCAGAUCAAAACAAUGCGGUCCCGUGCUUUCCAGUCACACAAACGCUCCAACCACUGAACUUGGAGUCGCUCAACAUCAUUGCAAACUCGGGGUUAGCGCAGACGCAGCUGAUCCAACCGCAGGGGCUGACACUGAACGCCACACUCGGCCUGCAGGUGUUGGCGGCAAGCCCCACGUCACAGAGCAGCGGCCUGCAAAUUGUUAACAUCGCAGCAAUUAUCCCGUCAGUGAGUCCAGUCCCCACGCUGAGUCCAAUUUUGGGGAGUUUGGAGAGGUGGGACAGCUCGGAAACACCAGGACAGAAUCCGGGGAAGAUGAUGGGAUCGCCCACAGUGACGUUAGCUAGCAUUUUGCCGAUGAUGAGCUCCAGCCAAGCAAAUGUCCGCCACGCCAAUGUUAGCCACGACAAUGUUUGCCCCACCAAUGUUAGCCAGGCCAAUGUUAGCCAUGCAAAUGGGAGCCACGAAGCGGCCAAGAUUGCAGCAGAGUCACGGCUGAGCAGACGCCGCUACCUAGUGGACAAGAUGAAGUGGCACCAGGGAAUCCACAGAGAGGAAGUGAAGCAGAUGUGA